ACCCCACUCUCUCUCUCUCUCUCUCUCUCUCUCUCUCUCUCUCUCUCUCUCUCUCUCUCUACCUUUACCCUAAAAAGAGGCCUUCGUUUGCCUUCAUAACCCCCUCUCAUCCCUCUCCUUCUGCAGUCUUUUCACCCACAAACCUCUCAGACUCAAAGAGGAAGAGAAAACAAACAACCCCUUGUCUUUAAACUGGUUUUCUUCUUAUUAUUUUCACCAGAUUAUCAUUUCUUCCUAAAGAAAAAAACUCCCCACCCCACUUACUGAUUCAUAAAAAAGAUUAAAUUUUUGUGUUUAUUUUCUGAAUUUGGAUUCAGAGGCUCUGUUGGGUAUUUUUGAGUUGAGUUGUUUCAAUGGCACCCAGUUUUGACUGCGUUUCUAGCCUCCUCUGUGCCGAUGAGGACAGCACUGUUUUCGAUGACGGCGAUUAUGCCGGUUCGGCGGCGGCGUCGGAGGUGCCGGAGGUGUACGAUGAAACAUGGCGGCGGUCUAGAUACCAUCAUCAGAGGAGCCAGGGGUUUGGUGACCCUGAUGAGUUGCCAUUGCUGAGUGAUGAGUGCUUGGCGGUGAUGGUGGAGAAGGAAUGCCAGUUCUGGCCUGGUGCUGAUUACUUGAACAAGUUUCGGACUCGUGAUUUGGACUUUGGGGCUCGAAAGGAAGCCAUUGAUUGGAUUCAAAAGGUUCGGAUGCAUUUCGGUUUUGGUCCUCUCUGUGCAUAUCUAUCCAUAAAUUUCUUUGACCGGUUCCUUGCUGUAUAUGAAUUUCCCAAGGGAAGAGCUUGGACAAUGCAAUUGUUGGCUGUGGCGUGUUUGUCUCUGGCAGCCAAAAUAGAAGAGACUGAUGUUCCUCUGCCUCUUGAUUUGCAGGUUGCUGAAUCCAAGUUUUUGUUUGAGGCUAAAACAAUUCAAAGAAUGGAGCUUCUGGUCCUGAGCACAUUGAAGUGGAAAAUGCAGGCUAUUACUCCAUUCUCUUUUAUUGAUUACUACCUUCGCAGGGUCGAUGAUGAUGGAAGUUCAUUAAGUUCUUUAAUUUCGCGAUCCACCCAACUUAUAUUGAGCACUAUAAGAGGGCUUGACUUCUUGGCAUUCAAACCUUCAGAGAUUGCAGCAGCUGUGGCAAUGUAUGUCGUGGGGGAAACCCAAUCAGUUGACACUGACAAAACAAUUUCCAUCCUGAUUCAACAUGUAGAAAAGGAGAGGUUAAUGAAGUGUGUUGAAAUGAUUCAUGAGCUGUCAUCCAACAAGGAUUCAAGUGCUUCUGCACCUUGUGUGCCACAAAGCCCAAUAGGUGUGUUGGAGGCUGGGUGCUUCAGCUACAAAAGUGAUGUUGACACAAAUGCUGGUUCUUCAUGUUCUUCAGAUAAUAGCCCAAGUGCUAAAAGGAGGAAACUACACUAAACAUGUGGAGAAGAGCUAUAGCUAUGUGGGUUGGGAAUUUUAUCUUCAUCCAUAGGAUGCUUUUCCAGAAAAGGACAUUAUGUGUGUUUUAUGGAAGGUGCCCCUCAAAACAAUACCUAAAAGAGACAAAAAAAAAGAGAUAUAGCUAGAAUUAGUUAAACAAAAAAAAAGGAUCUUAAAAGGAUGCCAAAACUAUGAGGUUGGUCAUGAGUGGAUGAUGAUGAUGGGUGAUGAAAUGAAUUGUCCACACACAUUCCAUGCACUUGGUAUGAAGUGUGUGAUCACCAGCUGUUAAACAUUUUAGUUCUCUUAACAGCAAGAGAAAUUGGAGGAGGAGGAAAAUAAGUCUUUCUGCAUGUUUGGAAGCCCUUUUGCAAUCGGUUAUGAAGACAGAAUCAAUUUUGAAGAGAAGUUUCUGUUUUGGAUUUCAGAAUUGAUUCUGAUGACAUAGAAGCGGAUUCAAAUAUGCUAUUUAUGUAAGUAUAGUCGAUGUUUUUGAUUCGUUAAUUGUUCUUAAUUAAAAAUGAGAGAAAAAUAGACAUAAAAAAGAGUGAGACAGAGCUACUAGCACUAUGGUAUAGUUGCGGGAAAAUUUUCAUUGA